UCUCUCGACAAUCCCAUUAGAAUACGGAUCAUAGCUCAUACCUAAAAUAUUUUAUAAAUUAAAUUUUCUAGUUUUUCAACUCUUUUCAAAAUGUCGAAAAUUUAUCUGAAGGCGAUGGAGGAGGUGGUGCAGCGCAAUACGGACAACUCGAACCGGAUUACGGAGCAGGCGCAGGGAUUUGUGGUUUCGGAGAAUGCAACGGAUAGUCUGCUCCACACAUCCUUCGAUCUGACCACGGCCCAGGGGAUUGUGAAGCACCUGCACACCAGUUUCCUAAAGUUAGCCCAGAGUUGCGUCCGUGAUUUGGAUCCCGAAGAUAAACUGUGCUUCCUGCGCGUCAAAACCCGUAAACACGAGUUCCUAGUUAGUCCAGAGGAGUGCUUCACGGUAACUGUGGUCUUGUAACCGCCCCGCCCCGCUCAUAAGACGAAAAGGACAAAUACUUGAACACACCCACAUGGCUACUGCUGCCCCACUCGCACUUUGCUGAUGUUGUUGUUGCAGAUCGUCGUAUAUCUUUAACCCCCCAAAAACUAAACGAGCCAUAAAAUUAUGAACAGAACAUUUAUGCGUGUGACUGGCCAAACUAAAUUAUGUUUAUUAUGUAAUUAAGAUGUUAGCAGAGAUGCCCCGAUGACGGCCAUUAAACCAACCACAAAGCGGGCAAAAAUCCGCAAAAAGCGGAAAA